UGGUAGUUUCAGUGGCAGUAGCCAACCUGUGAACAUGUCUGACGCUACAGGUGAAGACAUAUGUGGAGGAAAUGUUGUCAGAAGCAGCACAACAACAGCAGCCAGUACAGUAUUCAGUGUGAAUCUAACAGAGACUGAGGCCUGCAAAAGCGAUUUAUUCUUGGAUCUUGAAGCGGAAUACAAUAUGACCAAUAAACGGAGAGGACUGGCACUCAUUUUCAAUUAUGAGUACUUCUUCUGGCAAAGGAGGAUACCACCCAGGGAUGGAACCACUGUUGACCGCUUUAAGUUAGUGACAAGACUGAGAGAUCUGAACUUUGAAGUGAGAGCUUAUGAUAAUUACAGAAAGCAGGAAGUCUUUGAUAAACUCCAUGAAGCUGCGGAGGCUGAUCAUUCAGAUGCAGACUGUUUUCUGCUCGUCUUCCUGAGCCAUGGUAAGGAUGACCACGUUGAAGCCUUCGAUGAUGAGAUCAGCAUCCAGCACAUGACAUCUCUGUUCAGAGAAGACAAGUGCAGGACUCUUUCAGGAAAACCAAAGAUCUUUAUAUUACAGGCGUGUCGUGGAGACAAACAUGAUGAUCCUGUGACACCCUGUGAUGCUGUGGACAGUGAGCUGGAGGUAGAAGAAGUGGUGGAGGAAGCAGCUGGCGUCCAUAUGUCCCCUGCUUGGGACGAUUUCAUCAUGUGCUACUCUGUAGCUGAAGGAUACUAUUCCCACCGGAACAACAGGUACGGCUCCUGGUACAUCCAAGAUCUGUGUGAGUUGCUUCAAAAGUAUGGAGAAUCCCUGGAGUUCACCGAGUUACUCACACUGGUCAACAGGAAAGUGUCAAUGAGGAGCGUUGAUAAAUGUCGAGACCAAGAUGCCAUUGGGAAGAAACAAGUGCCUUGCUUUGCUUCGAUGCUCACCAAGAAACUCUACUUCAGACCAAAAAAGUAAUGCUUUCAGAUCUCUGAAUAAGUGUGUUAAUGCCAUUGCUGGGGAAUCUGUGUCUUCUGAAUAGAAAUGUAAAAAAAAAAAAAAAAAGUCUGACUGUUGCAUAUUUUUUCUUACCCCAAUGAACA